AAGUCACAAGGAAGAUGGACUGAAGCUUUUCUUGGUGAGCUAAAUGAAUUCAGGUUGUGUGGCCUCAUCCUGCCUCCUUAAGAUGCCAUCGUUACCCAUGUUGAAUUAUUCAUACCCUUCAUUUUCUAGGGAUGCCACAUUUGUAGGUGAAAUCCAUAAAAAGCAAAGAGAAUGUGUUGCUGAAGGUGGUAUCUGCUGUAUGGUCUUUCCUGCUGGGGUGGCUGAGUGUAGCAGCAGGAGCUGCGUUUGGUAGGUGUUGCUAUGAGUUCUGGAAGUUACUACACUGUGUUGUGGUGGUUCAUGGCAGUGCCACGUCUCUUGAGAGUACAAAGGCACUUUGGAGAGAGCGUCUGAAGGGAUGGUUCUUAGUUAAGGCAAAAUACAAGUACUCUGUGACCUAAACUGAGGAAUAGAAAAAGGGAGGUGCUCCCCUAAGUAGUAAAAUGAGGAACAACUCUACAAUUGCUUCCUGUUCCAAAUACAGCACUGCAAAAGCAGUAGUAACUUAAAGGCUUGAAACUGCCAAGGAGUUUGACCUGCUUACGUUAAAUUUGUGCUCUGGAUUCUCUCCUAGAGGAGUUCCUCUCCUUUCUCUGAUGGAGACUAAUUGCCAGGGGCUAAAGUCUGCCGCUGUUCCAUUUCUACAUGUGCUCUUGCAAGCUCAGGACCCUGAGAGACAGCAGUGUUAGUGCUGGAACUGAGCAGAGGUAUUCGUAAUCUCAGAGGUGAAAAGCCCACUCAGGGUAACAAAUGUACUUGUCUCUGUAAUAAGUGUUUAGGAAUAGUUUGCCUUUGUCUUUUCCCUCCCCCAGGCAGAAGGGAGUUCAGGGAGACAGGACUGCGGUGUGAUAAAGCCUUUUGGCAUUUCCUUUAUCUCAUUUACGGGGAAAGAGCUCCCUCCUCUUUCCCCAGCAGCCUUGUGGUGGGUUCAUACAGGGUUUCCCACUGGCUCUGUGCAGGAGGGAUGUGGAGACACUGCGGGCUGCCCCUGUACCCCUUUGUGCGGGGGGCUCUGCCUGCGCUUCACCCGGUGGGGGGCACAACCCAGCGCUGCCUUUUGACUUGUACACAGGUUCAGAGGGAGCUGCGGAUCCCAUCCCGUUACCCGAUCGGCGCCGGGGGACAGCCCGGGGCGCGCUUCCCGUGCCCCCCAUAGCCCUCGGAGCCCUCCACCCAGUCUCUCCAUGUCCGUAGCCAGCAAGCAUUCCUCCCAUCAUGAGUUCUGAACUAAAUGUUCCAGUGGAUCCUUCCACUCCUGCUUGCUGCUCUGAACCUGGCACAAAAGGCAUGGAUUAUCGGGACUGGGUCCGGCGCAGCUACCUGGAAUUGGUCACAUCAAACCACCACUCCGUUCAAGCCCUUUCCUGGAGAAAACUGUACCUGAGCCGAGCCAAACUGAAAGCCUCCAGCAGAACCUCUGCUCUGCUCUCUGGAUUUGCAAUGGUUGCCAUGGUGGAGGUGCAGCUGGAGGUACAGUACAAGUACCCCCAGAUGCUGCUGAUCGCUUUCAGUGCCUGCACGACGGUGCUCGUGGCUGUUCAUCUCUUCGCCCUUCUCAUCAGCACCUGCAUUCUGCCCAACGUGGAAGCAGUGAGCAACAUCCACAACCUGAACUCCAUCAGCGAGUCCCCACAUGAGCGCAUGCAUCCCUACAUCGAGCUGGCGUGGGGCUUCUCCACCGUGCUGGGGAUCCUCCUUUUCCUCGCGGAAGUCGUGCUGCUGUGCUGGAUAAAAUUCCUGCCUGUGGGCUCCAUCCUCAAAAAUGAGACCACCAACGUGGAGAAGGCCGGCAGCCACGCGGGGUGGCAGUCAGCGCUGGUCUCCACCAUCAUCAUGGUCCCCGUGGGUCUGAUUUUUGUCGUCUUCACCAUUCACUUCUACCGCUCUUUGGUGCGGCACAAAACGGAGCGCCACAACCGGGAGAUCGAGGAGCUCCACAAACUGAAAGUGCAGUUAGAUGGGCAUGACAGAGGCAUGCAGGUAGUGUGACAGCGAGGCAGGGGCUGCUUCCCGUGAAUCCUUCUGCUAAGGCUAAGAGCAAAAUCCCUGUUUUGCUAGUUGGUGAGAUGCACCCGUGAUGGAUUGUCUUGAGGCUUAACUAUGUAAACGCUAAUCGCCUGCCAUCCAUAGCUGUGGGUUCUAGUGCUGUUUCAGAUGCUGGGGUCUCUGGCCUGUUUCUGGUCCUACACUCUUGCAUACUUAAGUCAACACUGCCAUGGAGUCCAAGGCCAAAACUUAGCCUUGGUUCAGGUAGCCAAAAAAUCUGUGGUUUUUUACAAAUGCAAUAUUCUGUUGCCAAAAGUAAAACUGGGUCAGCUGUCCCAAAAGCCAGUGUGUGUGUAGGACCUGUCUUGUGUGUCAGAGCUCCCUGGCUGUUAAUUGCAGCAGCAAUUAACCAGCAGCUCAUUUCUGGAGCUGAUCUGGUUAAUAUGAAUAUCUGCAGCUGGCAUGAGGACAUCCAGGAAAGCACAAUAGAAACUGUGAGUGUUGAUCACAUUUGCUCCAAAGCAAGUAUUCCAUAAAUACAUAAUCAGAAAGAAAUCAGCCUCAGCUUUUAUGUUCUUCUUAUUCUUUACUCUAUUUUUACAGCUGGGGAGGUAGACUUUCAAAUUGCAGGAGGCUGGGUAGCUCUGUCAUACUUUCUUCAGCAGCAUCAAUUCAUUAGAUUGAAUGAAUGCCAAGGUCAUGUGUUUUUUCCCAGUAAGAGGCAAGAGUGCCCAGGGAAGGCUUACAGGUGUCUUAGUUUUAACAAGGACAUCCUUAGAGCGGUGACAGGGAAUUUAAUGAGGCAAAACUUUGAAGGACUAGAAAAGCAAGUUUCAAGGAGGGUAAGGAGUGACAGCACAUAGCGUGCUGUAGAAAUCCAUCACUGUGUUGUCUUCAUUUAUGUACUGUUGCGAUGUCUUUUGCCUGGUUUGCUGCAGAGAACAAGCCCCAGUCCUGGGUAUUUCGUCAGUUGAUUUCAUCAGUUGUUUUGGGGGUUUUUUUGUCAGCUGUAACAUUUGUCUGUCAAAACCAAAUGCUUCCCUUCUCCCUCCACCAAAGCAGGCAACUCCCCUUGGAACCUGGAGCUGUACUGGCGAGUGUGACGGAGCUGGAUCCAGCAGGAGAGCCGUGUGCCAUUAAAGAGCUAUCACGUUUCAUUUGAUCUAACUUUGGUUUUCAGCAGCAGAGAGAAAGGCAGUGGCACGUCUGUGUUGCUUAGCAAGGGAAGCUUGUAAAUUCCGUGGCACCCUUGUGAGUGAAAACUUGUGUAAAAAAUGAUGUUAUGAGUUAUGGUCACUUUGUGGAGGGAAAAGGGUGUUUUGCAGCCAUCAGCUCUUUGAAGGCACAGUAAGGCUUUCUGCCACACAGGGCUCAAAGAAGCCUAAGCAUGUUUUCUUGGCCCUGGUCCUGUGCUGGUUUCCUGCUCUGCACUCAAACACUGCAGUUUCAGAGCCUCCUAGGCCUUAUACAUUUCUGAAAUCAUUAAGGGUGUUUGUAGUGUUCUAUUUAAUCCUGCUCCCUUAUUCCACUGGGAUUCGAGAAAUCUAAUGGCAGCGUAUUACAUGUCAGCUUCCCAGAAUGGGGAGAGUACACUCAAAUCCCAGUGCAGCAGGGUGAGACUAUCCCUAUAUCCCCCUCUGGCGAGGGCCUUGGGAACCCAACUCUGAUCUCUCUUGUUUACAUGUGAGUUUGAGCGUUGCUGAACAAGUUGCUUAGCACUGUGUCUGUUGGCUUUCAUCUGUUGCUCUUGCUGCAGUUGGCAUGUACCAUAUUGGCUGAUGUGCAGCAAAGAAAAUAGUCUUUGUGUGCUAAAUGCCUACUCCGUACUUAUGUGCAUAUGCAAAAAAUGAGGAGUGUCCUCCGGGGAGUGGGUGGUCAUGGAAUUCCUCCCAUCUCCCCAGGACUCUGCCCUCUCUCCCUCUUCUUUUUACCGUAAUAAAAACUAAAGGUUUAUACAACAAAAACCA